CAAUCACGCGGCUGUGCCUCUCUGGUAUCAAUCACGUGGGCCCAGCCAUUCGUCAUGGGGGUCCCAUGACACCGCUCCUCCUUCCACUCUUACCUGGCGAGAGGUACGACUUACUACUACUAGUAGUACUUGCACCUUCUACCAUCGUCAUCACAAGUCUUUAUAGUGCUCAUAUCAUUUGUAUUCAAUAUUACAUCUCCUCCUGAUCCGAUCCCACGAAGUUUUACAAACCCUCGCAAUCAUGAAGUUCUUAUCAACUGCCGCUGCGCUUCUCGUCUGCCUCGCUCCCAUUUCCACCUCAGCUCGAAGCCUCGACUUCCUCAAGUCAUCCCAAUCCCCUAUCCAAGCACAAGGCAAAUCAGUCGCAGGAGAUAACCCUCUGGAAUACUGUAACGACCCGUCGGGCGACGUCCUAAAUAUCAAACAGGUGGACUUGGCACCUAACCCACCUCUCCCUGGCAAAACACUUGUCAUCACGGCUUCGGGCACCCUGCGUGAAAAGAUUGAGGAAGGUGCUUACGUACUUUUGGAGGUCAAAUAUGGCUUGAUCACUCUUCUCAGGCAGACCGCCGAUCUCUGCGAACAGCUCGUCAACGUAGACCUUCAAUGUCCCCUGGGGCCAGGUGACAUGACCUUGACCAAGCAGGUCGAAUUGCCGAAACAGAUUCCUCCGGGAAAAUACAAUGUUCAAGCCGAUGUCUUCACUAAGGAUGAUGAGCGCAUCACUUGCCUGAAGGCCGUUAACGUUGAAUUCAAGGGUCCCUUCUAAGAGGUCAGCAAUAUGUUCAGCCUGCACUUAGAGAUCGGCAUGCUCAAUCUAGGUUGAGCAUGACGUACGCUUAAUUACGAACCUCAACAUGUACCCUGUUGUUUCCCCCUUUCUUUCCAAUCGCAUGAUUCAUGAUUCUUUCGACUUCAUUCGCUAUAUCUUGUACGGCGUUUCGGAGU